AUGGCAACUCGUCCUACAAUCAUGUUGAACAAUUACCUUCAGUCGCAAGGCAAGGUUGACGCUCUGGUAUGGGUAGAAAGCAAGUCCGGAACCCCUCAGUCCUUGGUGUGGACUUCCUCUGCAAAGAUUGACGGCCAAGUUAUGGGCACCGGUUCUGCGCCUACGAAAGCUGCUGCCAAGGAGGAAGCGGCUAGACAGGCACUGGCAGCGCUUGAGCAAGCCCAUGCAUAG